CUCUCUCUCUCUCUCCCCAAAACCCCAUCCCCCCUCCCUCUGCAAUUUCGCGCUCUAGGGUUUUGAUCUUGAUCUCAGAUUCAAUUUUUGAAGGAAAAAAAAAUGGGCCUCGGCGGAGCUUUACGCAGCAUCAUACGCCCCUUAUCUCCAUCCUCUCGUCAACUUCUUCCUCUUUCUCGUUCUCACCAACUCGCCCCCAAAUUCUCGCCUGCAAAUUUUGGAGGCGGUAGGAUCCAACCCCCUUUCUUCUCCAACCGGCAGUUGAUCUCGUCGCCGGAGAGAAAUUACUCGACCUCAACCAGCAGCUUGAUCCUCGGCAGCCUCACUGAUACCCGGUUGCCGAAGAGACGGCCCGGGACUGCACCUCGACGGAAGAGGGCCAGCCUCAAACCCCCAGGACCUUAUGCUUGGGUGCAGUAUGUGCCUGGGGAACCGAUACCGAGAAGUCGCCCCAACAAAGGAAGUGUCAAAGGAAGGAAGGAGAAGAAGCGCAUUGCUCAGCGGAAGGCAUUCAUAUUGUCCGAGAAGAAAAAACGUAAAGCUCAAUUUGCAGAGUCUAAAAAGAAGAAAGCUAUGGAAAGGAUAGAGCGGAAGAUGGCUGCGGUGGCAAGGGAAAAAGCUUGGGCUGAACGAUUAAAAGAACUGCAGAAGCUCGAAGAAGAGAAAAAGGCUGCUAUGGCUUGAGAAUGACAGAAGAGCUUUGAAGAGUAUUUUCACUGAGAAUGGGGACCCUUGGAAGAGCCUAUUUGGAUGAGUUUUGAUGUUCAGCAUGGCCGUUUCUUGUAAGCUUAGUGAUUCUAAUUUUGCUUCCUGUCUGAUACGGAACAGAUUAGACUGCUUAAGUUUUAGGAGAUAAAGAGGGAGUUCUGUUUGUGCUUAAUUUGUUUCUAAUGUUUAUUCAUGCAUUUUGGUCAUUUGGCGCUUUUAGAAGUUGAGAUUUUUCAAUCAACUUAUGAUGUGAUAGUGCAAGACACUGCUCUACCUUUUCGUCGGAUAAUCAUCUGAUUUGCUUCUGAUAGUUGUCUACAAAAAUGCAAUAGAUAAUUUGCACGUAGCAAACCUUAAGCAAUAAGGAUGUGCUUUGCUCGACUACUGACUUGUGGAGGUAAUAAAAACAUAAGUUGCCCAGAAUGUAUAAUGUGUAAUGUGUAAUGUUGGAGACACAAUUCAUCAUUGUGAUUAACAUCGAA